ACAAAUUUGAUAAGAAAUGUUUCAUUGAUAUAUGAGUAUACUCAAUAUUUCUAACUCAAGUUUUAACUUUAUUAUGUGUUGAUGCGUUGGAACCAACCAGCUUUGCAAGAUAAGAUAAAGAUAGAUAUAAUGGCGGAUGCAGGCAACAAAUUCAUCCUCACUCCACUGUCCAAAACCACAGAAAAUUACGAUAGAUCCUCUGAGCUCAAAGCUUUCGAUGACACUAAAUCCGGUGUCAAAGGCUUAGUCGACGCCGGAGUCACUGAAAUUCCACGCAUCUUUUACAGUCCACCAGAGGACUCCCAUUCCGACGGUGUUUCUAGCAAAACCCAAAUCCAGAUCCCCGUGAUAGAUCUCAACCACGUUGGCACUAAUUCACUCAAACGCAAAUACACCACCGACAGAAUCCGAAAAGCUUCAGAAAAAUUUGGAUUUUUCCAACUGAUUAACCAUGGGAUUCCGGUGAGCGUUUUGGAAGGGGCGUAUGAAGCGGUUCGAAGAUUUAACGAACAAGAAACAGAAGUAAAGAAACAAUACUAUUCUCGCGACUUCUCUAAGCCUUUUAUUUACACCAGCAAUUUCGAUCUCUACUUUGCAAAAACCACCAAUUGGAGGGACACAUUUAGAUGCGCAAGCGCCACAACUUCCCAGGAUCAGCAAGACAUACCAGAAAUUUGCAGAGACAUUCUGCUGGAUUACUCAAAACAAUUGAUGGAACUUGGGAAGUUACUAUUUGAAUUGUUAUCGGAAGCUCUGGGGUUGAAUCCAAAUUACUUGAACGAUAUAGGAUGUAGCGAAGGGGUUUCAGUUCUGUAUCACUACUACCCGCCAUGCCCACAGCCGAAUUUGACCAUCGGCACAUCAGAGCACACCGACAAUGAUUUUAUAACUGUUCUGUAUCAAGAUCAAAUCGGCGGCCUACAGAUUCGUUACGAGAACAGUUGGGUGGAGGUUGCCCCUUUGGGAGGAGCUUUAGUGGUGAACAUCGGAGAUUUUAUGCAGCUGACAACAAACGACAAAUUCAAAAGCGUUAAGCACAGAGUUGUUGCGAACAAGGAAGGUCCAAGAGUAUCAGUGGCUGGUUUUUUCACCGAGUUUCCAUUUUCGACGUCCAAAUUAAGACCCAUUGAGGAGUUGGUUUCGGAAGAAAAUCCUGCAGUAUACAGAGAAACCACAAUUAGAGACUUCAACAUCCUGUUCCGUUCAAAAGGUAUUGGAACUACUACUUUGGAGCAUUUCAAGAUAAAACCUGGAGAUGCUUAAUUAAUAGUUAGUAGAUGAAGAAGUGAUUAGUUGUGGAUGUUCGUUCUCUCUUUGAUUGAACUUCUAUCUAUUAUUGAAAAACUAAAGUGAAUUAAAGGUUGCUCCAUGCCGUUUCUGUCAUACUAUAAUAGCAAGAAUAUGUUUAUGUAAUUAUUCCAA